UUCAGUAACAAACAACGCGACUCUUAAAAUCGGACGCUUACAUGUGCCAAAAUGCAAAGCGAAUUUUAUUUGUUUUUACUGAUAUUUGUAUCACAAAAUGUGUGUGAAUCGGCGAAAUUGAAUCAUCCGCGCGUUCUGCUGCCGAUAUUUCAAGACAAAUCCAUCAAUUUCACGCUGGAAGUCGUCGAUCCCAACUGCUACAAAUGGACGUCAUCGCGCCAGGAUCUCAUAACUGUAACGCCAGUAUAUAAUGGAUUUACUGAAUGUUCCAGCCAGGCCAUAGUUACCGUGCAGACACGUGAGCGACGUCGCAACACAGCGAUUGUCUUCGCCGAGGAAGUGGCAACUGGCGCAACGCUUCGCUGCGAUGUGAUUGUGGAUACGAUUGAUCGUCUGAAUGUGCGUACAGCCACCAGGCAGCUGUAUUUGGAGGAAGCACCAGCAACGUUCGAGCUGCAUGCCUUCGACUCGCAAGGCAAUGAAUUCUUUACGCUGGAGGGCAUCGAGUUCAAUUGGGACAUAUCUUCUUCAAGUAGUAAUAUGCCACCGGCAUUGCGCUUUCUCACUUUCUCGGACAGUCCCUUUCACGUGGUGCCGCCGUCAUUGGAGAAAUUCGAAGCAGAUGGCAUUAAGGGCUAUAUGAUCCUGUUGGAGGGCAUCAACACGGGCACCUCCAAGGUGGCUGUCAGCAUGCCUCAGUUGGAGUACUCUCAUGUGCCACCAAUUGAGGUGUACAUUAGUGUGCUAGCUAAUAUUAUAAUUGAGCCCUCUGAGGUGACCAUCAUGGCUGGUGAUACGGUCAACUUUCGCAUACUGCAACUUAAAAUGGAUAGACUUCAUGAUAUAACAGCCAAUAAGCAAUACUAUUUGGAGGUGGAGGACGAGAAUGUGGCUUAUAUGAAGAGUAGUGUAGCGACUGGCUCUCGCUUGGGUCGCACCCAGGUUUAUUUGCGGGACCAUAAUAUGCCAAAAGAGAGUUCGGCUGACAAGCCCAAAGGACCCAGUGCUUUGUUGACUGUCGCAGAGCCUCAGAAACUUGGCAUUAGCUUGUUGCCUUACAACAAUUGGAUUACUGUUAAGGGCGAGCGGCAUGAAGUUGCAUUGGAUUUAUAUUCCGCAGAUGGUCAAAAGAUUACGCUCGGCACACGCUAUAAUAUUGGCUCCGAGCUGGAUGAAACUUUAUUUAAAAUACUCGAGAAGACGCGCAAUGGCAGUCGCUUGUAUGGAGAGACGCGAAGACAAGGAUCCACACAGAUAUAUGGCUACUAUAAGGAUCUCUCAGUGCAGGCAGAGAUGCAAGUCUUUGAGGAGCUCAAUCUGCGACCCAAUAAAGUGAUUCUGCCCUACGAUCCUAAUACCAUAAAGCCUCAGAAAUUUCAAUUUCACGCCAGUGGCGGCGAUUUCAACUACGUGUGGUAUUCGGGAAAUCCACAGGUGUUGCAAAUCGAUGGCCAAGGCUUAGCCACCACGGAGAUAAGAGAUGUGCGCAUGGCGGGCGUUUCACAAGAUCUAAUCGACGCUGGAGUGCAGCUAACAGCACAUACCACAGUUCGUGUGGGCUUAGCUAAGAAUCAAAAGAUUUCACGUCAAGCACAAAUCUACUUUUUGCCUCCGAAACGCCUGGAGGUGAAACAAUAUAAUUUUGAGACAGCUCUAAGGGAUUAUGUGCGACUCCAUGUGGCUGUCUAUGCCUACGUGAAUGGCAGCUACGUGCCCUAUACCAAAUGUGAUAAUUUGCACUUCCAGCUGGAUUUCUCACAUCAAAUUUUACAGCUGGAAAAUGGAGCUGGCCCAGAUACACAGGAUGCGCUUGCUCCGGAGGCCUGUCAUAUUCUCAAACUACGCAGCACUGCGGUUGGCAGCACCUUGUUACGCAUUUCAUACAGUUUCCAGGAUAAAGUUUUACAGGAUUCUGUUGAUCUGCACGUCUUUGAACCGCUGGCAGUACUGAAUCCUCUAGAGAAUGAGCUUGUCCUGCCCAUUGGCGCUUCCCGCAAUGUUAUCUAUGCCCAUGGACCUCAACGCAUCUUUACGCUGGAGGCGGAGCUCACCAAGGAUACGAAAUUUGAUGGCAAAGUUAUUAAAGUCUCGGAAAUCGAUUUCGACACACAGAAUGCUUUAACCGCUUUCACGGUGCUCUGUCGGGAGCUGGGCAAAACUGAGUUUACGUAUCGAGUGCACAAUCAGCUGGCCACAUCGAGCUUUGCUGCCUACCACGCAGAGAUAACCACCAAGGUUCACUGUGUUCGACCACGUUUCCUCAAGCUCUAUGCUCGGCAGCAAUUGCGCUCAUCGUGCCCUGUGGAGCUGCGUUCAUCGCUGUUGUAUCUCAAGGAGGAGGAGAACAAGUUUAACAUUGAGAUUGAGGUGCAGGAUGUCAAGAAUCGCAAGCUUAUGAACAUAAGCUCACUGUGGCUUGAAUGGGAGUUUGCUGCAGGCGAUGAACGCUAUCAAACGGAUAGCAUUCCUCAUCAGCAGCUGGCCGAAGUGGAGCUCUAUCAUAGCGUGCGUUUGCCUGCAAGGGAUGUGCUUGUCUUGACCUUGAAUGAGGUGGCGCCUAAUUUCCGCAUCAAGGGCACGGUGGCACGGUAUAAUGAUAAGCUGCUCGCAAAGCAGGGCGUUCAUGCGGAGAGUCCACCUUUUGGUGUAAAGAACUUAAAGACAGGUGAAAUCACGAAGCCUGUUAUUGAGAAUGAAAUACGCUUUCAUACAGUUAAUAGCACAUUGUUGCCGACGGAUCAUGUUAGCAUUUAUUUAGCGCCCUCGCAUAGCGAACGUAUUUCCAUUGCUCAGGGCAGCGGCUUCUUUCAAUUGGAACUCUCUGAGCAGGGCAUCGUGCAAGUGACCCAUGAUGAGAAGCAGCAGCAGUUGGUGAUAACUCCCCAGCGUUUGGGUCAUGUGCGAUUGGAGCUUACAGAUCGCUGUCUAAUGAAUGAGCCAGCGUAUUUAUCCAUCUCUGUGGUGGGCAUUGGCUCGAUCACUGUGCAUGCCUUGGAUCGAGUGGAGCGUACAAAUACCAUUGAGGCCAUUGUGCGAUUGUUCGAUACGAAUGAAAAUCUAUUGCACAUUGAUUCGGAUAUGUUGAGCGUCUAUCAGCUGUCCCAGUUGGUAUUUGAUCCUACCAUAUUGACUGUAAAGCUGGAUGAGCAACAGAAUUUGGGUGUUGGCGAAAUACGCUACAGCAUAAUGGGCAACAACAUCGGCGAGACGAAGAUUGUCUUCCAAUCUGGGAAAGGUGAACGUCAGGUGUCCAGUGAACCACUAAAUGUGCAGGUCUUUGCGCCUAUGCGGCUUUAUCCAAGGAAUUCAACGCUCGUUGUGGGCUCGAGCAUACAAAUCUUUUACCAAGGUGGACCGCAACCAAAUACCAACAUCGUUUACACCGUGCACGAGCAACAAGUGGCAACCAUGAGCUCCGCAAUUGUUACUGCUCACAAAUUGGGCAUUACACGAGUAACUGGUCGCUGUCUGUUAAAGAAUCCCGUUAAUGGCAAGGAUGAAAUUGUCUCGGAGGACACAGUGGAUGUGCGCGUUGUUGCUUUGACUGCCGUCCAGGUGCGCACGCCUCUUGUACGCAUACGAGCUGGAGCUGUGAUGCCUGCCACGCUGUGGGGUCAACCGGAUUUGUCACCCAUGGUGCUGGGCACAUUAGAGAACAUGCAGAUUACCUGGUCAGUCAAUCAGCCGGAUGUUGUGGAGAUUUUCAAUGUGUUUACAGCAGCGGGCAUCGACUACCAAAGCAGCGAUUUAAUUUCCGUACGUAUACGCGCACUCAAUCCCGGCAAGGUUACCAUCACGGCCUCUGUCCAUUUGCCGGAUGGAUUGCGGCUGCCCGCGUCGAGUGUGGAGCUAAUUGUUUUCAAAACACUGGAGCUGCUCGCACCAAAGCCCAUAACAAUGGAUUGGAUUUUGGCGGCGCCACGAAGUACGCUACAGCUGAAAUGUAAUAUGGAUGAUGCGGUCUAUAAGUUGGAUGGCCAAAGUAGCGGAAUUGUUGCUGUGACGCCAGAUGGUGUUGUACACACAAAGGAUACCCUCGGCCGUGAUCUGAUAAUUGCCAAAACUGUCGACCAGACGCUGCCCAUUGGCAUUGAAGUGAAGAAUGUACAAUACAUUUUGGUCACUUUGCAGCCGGACAUUAAAUUGAAACAGCUGGAGCAUAAAAUACCACGCGGCAUGAAUUUUGUUUUUAAAGUUUCGCUGCACGACAAUCUCGGCAACGAGUUCUCCCACAAUAUUGAGGAUGUGAAUGGACUACGUUACGAUUUGGCCACCAAGGAUGUGGUCGAUGCACAGAUUGGAAAUAAUCUGACAAUUGCGUUGAAUUUGCAGCGGGAGACAAGCAACAUGAUUGCCAUCAGUUUAAAGGAUUCAACCGGAGUUAAACAUGCUGAGGAUUACAUUAAACUGUCUGUGGCCGAGUCGAAGCUUAUAUACCCCAUCCGGACAAUUUUCUCAGUGGGUGACAUCAUUUGCUUCGAUUCACCGCUAACAUUGUCAUCGAUUUGGAGCAGCUCCAAUGAGCAGAUGGUGACGAUUAAUAAAAACACAGGCAUUGCACGUGUGCUGAACCACCAUCAGAAGCUGGGCGAGAAGGUCAUAGUGACAUGUGGUGAUAAAUCGCAUCGCGGUGGUUACCUCAAAUACGAUCUGGAAUUGCGCGAAUCGGACACGAUUGUGUUUGCCAAAUCGUUUGACAUAUUCAGUGGGUCAGAGUACACGGCACAGCUGGUGUUGCGCAAUCACAUCCAAACGGAGAAGUACAGCAAUCUGAUUGCCCACAAUAUAUCCAAGUGCAUAAAUCAAUUGCAUAAAGUCGCAGUGGAAGCGUUCACCUGCCGUCUGGUGGCCAAGAAUGAGCUCGGUCAAAAGUUAGUGAAGUUGUAUCAUGUCGAGGCCAUAUUCGAUAUGAACAGCAGCCAGUAUGCGUGCAAGCUGCUGCUAACGUCCAGUUUUACGGAUUUGCUCUCGACACUGAAGGCAAACAAUGUGCUGCUCGAGCUGGAGGCUGCGAUGCCAAAUGGCAAUUUGGGUACCAUGUCGCUGAAAAUGGUGCCGGGCAUUAAAGUGUCGCUCGAAUCGCUGCAGGUGCACGAUUUGAAAUCCCAGGAGCUGCACAUAACUGGACUCGACAAGGCAUUGCAAAAGCUGCAGGUCAAGCCCUCGGACUCGAAAUACUUUACCAUCGAAUUGAUUGAGCAGGCGCACGGCAUUAGCAAAUAUCGUGUGCGUUUCUUUCAAGAUUUUCCACUGGAUGCACAUUUCUAUGUGCUGAUUCAUUCGCCGGAAACAAAUCAGAGCGUUGAGGUGCCCAUUUUGGGCGACACCAGCGUGGGCGAGAAGUGCGAUGGCCGACCCGGCGGAUUAUUAAUACAGCAUCUCAUCGAUAAUCUGGGCUUCAUUCUAACAACGAGCACCAUUGUCAUCAUGUCGAUCUGGAUAUACAUAUCCUUCUUCCAGACGCAGGGCGUCACGCAAGUCAACUCUGAGGUGUUCCUACAAAAACAAAAGGAUAAUUUGGAUUCGCUCAACUUCUCAAACAACAGCCCACCACGGAAUAAUACAUUUGAUGAACGUUCGUAUUCGCAGCGUUCAGUCUCUAGGGAGGAGUCCUAUAUCUAUGGUGUUCCUCAAUUGAAUACACCGAAUCGAUCAGAUGUUUUGCGUCGUUAUAAUUAGUCUUUAGGCUGCAGAACUGACUUCCAAGCUGCUAAGUUAAAAAAAAUAAACUCAGGUUAAAUAAGUAAUUAAUGUGUAAUACAAGAAGAUUCAAGAGUUCUGAUACCCCUCUUAUGUUUGACACCUAAAAAAGAAACUGGACUAAACUAAGUUAAAAUUAGAAUU